AUGUGGCCCCAGGGCCAGCUGCUCGCGGCGGUGGGCACUGGCGCGCUCCUGCUCCUCCUUCUCUCGCUGACGGUGAGGCAGCUGCUCAAGCAGAGGCGGCCGCCCGGUUUCCCGCCGGGGCCCCGGGGGCUGCCCCUCAUCGGCAACAUCUACUCGCUGGCCGCGGAGCAGCCGCAUAUCUAUAUGAAGAAGCAGAGCCAAGUCCAUGGCCAGAUUUUCAGUCUUGAUCUUGGAGGUAUAUCUGCUAUUGUACUGAAUGGUUAUGAUGCUGUAAAAGAAUGCCUGGUUCAUCAAAGUGAAGUUUUUGCAGACAGACCAUCUCUUCCUUUGUUCAAGAAGCUGACAAAUAUGGGAGGUUUACUGAACUCUAGAUACGGUAGAGGAUGGACAGAGCAUCGCAAGUUAGCUGUAAACAGCUUUCGUUGUUUUGGAUAUGGUCAAAAGUCCUUUGAACACAAAAUUUCAGAAGAAUCCAUGUUUUUUCUUGAUGCCAUUGAUACGUACAAAGGCAGACCUUUUGAUCUUAAACACUUGAUAACAAAUGCAGUCUCAAACAUUACUAAUUUGAUUAUCUUUGGAGAACGUUUUACAUAUGAAGACACUGAAUUUCAGCACAUGAUAGAUAUUUUUAGUGAAAACAUUGAAUUAGUUGCUAGUGCUUCAGUGUUCUUGUAUAAUGCUUUUCCCUGGAUUGGCAUAUUACCCUUUGGAAAACAUCAACAACUGUUUAAGAAUGCAGCUGAAGUCUAUAAUUUUUUGCUUAAACUUAUUGAGCGUGUCUCUAAAAAGAGGAGGCCUCAGUCUCCUCAGCAUUUCAUUGAUGCAUAUUUAGAUGAAAUGGAUCGAAGUGGAAAUGAUCCAGAGUCUACAUAUUCAACCAAAAAUUUAAUUUUCUCUGUUGGAGAACUUAUCAUCGCUGGAACAGAAACCACAACAAAUGUUUUAAGAUGGGCAGUAUUGUUUAUGGCUCUUUAUCCGAACAUUCAAGGGCAAGUUCAUAAAGAAAUUGAUUUAGUCGUGGGCCCAAACAAAAUACCUUCUUUAGAAGAGAAAAGCAAAAUGCCUUACACUGAAGCAGUUCUACAUGAAAUUUUAAGGUUCUGUAAUAUAGCUCCGUUAGGUAUUUUCCAUGCAACUUCUAAGGAUACAGUUGUGCGCGGUUAUUCUAUCCCUGAAGGCACUACAAUAAUUACAAACCUCUAUUCUGUACACUUUGAUGAAAAGUACUGGAGUAACCCAGAAGUGUUUUAUCCUGAACGGUUUUUGGACAGCAGUGGGCAGUUCAUCAAGAAAGAUGCAUUUGUUCCUUUUUCACUAGGAAGAAGACAUUGUCUUGGAGAACAACUGGCCAGGAUGGAAAUGUUUUUGUUUUUUACUUCAUUACUUCAGCGGUUUCACCUGCAUUUUCCACAUGCUUUGAUUCCAAAUCUGAAGCCAAAAUUAGGCAUGACAUUACAACCACAGCCAUAUCUCAUCUGUGCUGAAAGACGUUAAAGCAUAUGGGUCAAACUCUCAGCUGGUGUAAAUUGGAAUAGCUCCACUGAAUAAAUGGAGCUGCACCAAUUUACAGCAGCUGAGUAUCUGGCCCCAUCUUUUAUUUACAACUAUCUUGUUCAUAGUCUUGCCAAAAGAACAAGAAUUGUAAACACUCUCUGUUAAAGGACUUACACACAAAUUUUGUCUUAUACAUAGGCU